AAAGCGAGAAAGUAUCACUUCACCGUAAAAGGGUAAAAAAACGAAAAGAAAAAAAAUCCCAAUUAAAAGAAAAAUGGGAUAAAAAAAAAGCCCAAAACCCCUAUAUAUAUAUAUGUUUGUGUGUAUCCAGACUCCCUCGCUCUGCAUACUCCGGUUAGAGUGAUACCGGAAAGUAACCGUGCGCUGGACGCCGUGUUUGAAUGAUCACGAAAAUUUCUUUGAAUUCACAAGCCCUAGACUCAUUCGACUGCGAAGGAGUGCUUAAAAACCUCUCGAAACCCUCGCUCACGAAAACCUAGAAAGCAGCAGAUUCAAAAUCGAGGUUCUUCUCUUUCCUUUUCAGCAACACAGCAAAACUAGGGUUUACUCGACUCGACCGCGCCAUGAGUCCCAUCCAGAAUUUCGAGCAACACUCUCGCCGUCUCAUCGAACCCGAUCUCCCGCCCGAUACACCACCCGAGACAGCAAGUGAGACAGCGAUUCGUAUGAGGCUUCAAAUGGCGAUGGAGGUACGGGAUAGUCUAGAGAUAACUCACACAGGCGAGUACUUGAAUUUCUUGAAAUGCUAUUUCCGGGCGUUCUCGGCAAUUUUAUAUCACAUUACAAAGCCUCAAUUUGUCGAUAAUCCUGAGCACAAGCUCCGGAACAUCAUCAUCGAGAUUCUAAAUCGACUACCACACAGUGAGGUUCUUCGCCCCUUCGUUCAGGAACUCUUGAAGGUUGCAAUGCAUGUUCUCACCACCGAUAAUGAAGAGAAUGGUUUAAUUUGUAUUCGUAUCAUAUUCGACCUCCUUAGGAACUUCAGGCCGACCUUAGAGAACGAAGUUCAGCCUUUUCUUGACUUCGUUUGUAAAAUUUACCAGAAUUUCAGACAGACUGUCACUCAUUUCUUUGAAAAUGGGGCAGCAGUGCCGCCACCACCGUCCCCACCAGUGUCCAUGCCGGCACAAUCAUCAUCAUCAUCGUUGUCGUUGACGUCAUCAUUGACUUCUCUGGGCGGAGAAGAUGUUAAGCCCAUGGACGUGUCGGACCAAAUGGGACCUCCUAAUGGAUAUGUUGGAGUUGGGCAGCUUAAUCCCAGUACACGUUCAUUCAAGAUUGUUACGGAAAGUCCAUUGGUGGUCAUGUUUCUGUUUCAGUUGUAUAGCCGGCUUGUUCAAACCAACAUUCCUCAUUUGCUGCCGUUGAUGGUCGCCGCUAUAUCUGUUCCGGGUCCAGAGAGGGUUCCACCCCAUUUGAAGACUCACUUCAUUGAGUUAAAGGGCGCGCAGGUUAAGACAGUUUCGUUUUUAACUUACCUGCUGAAGAGUUUUGCUGAUUAUAUUAGACCACAUGAAGAAAGCAUUUGUAAAAGCAUUGUCAACCUACUCGUCACCUGUUCUGAUUCUGUUUCUAUUCGAAAGGAAUUGUUGGUAGCGUUAAAACAUGUGCUCGGGACAGAUUUUAAGAGAGGUUUAUUUCCUUUAAUUGACACACUGUUGGAAGAGAGGGUUCUAGUGGGCACUGGUCGGGCAUGCUUUGAGACAUUGAGGCCAUUGGCUUAUAGUCUACUGGCAGAAAUUGUUCAUCAUGUUAGGGCGGACCUCUCCCUGUCACAGUUAUCACGAAUUAUUUACUUGUUCUCAAGUAACAUGCAUGAUGCUUCAUUGUCGCUCAGCAUUCAUACUACCUGUGCCCGCUUAAUGUUGAAUCUGGUGGAGCCAAUUUUUGAGAAAGGUGUUGACCAGUUAUCUAUGGAUGAUGCGCGGAUUUUGUUGGGGCGAAUUUUGGAUGCUUUUGUUGGAAAAUUUAGUACUUUUAAGCGUAUGAUCCCUCAGCUACUGGAAGAAGGAGAGGACGGCAAAGAUCGAUCUACAUUGAGGUCAAAGCUUGAACUCCCAGUGCAGGCAAUUCUAAAUUUGCAGGUCCCAGUGGAACAUUCUAAGGAAGUCAGUGAUUGCAAGCAUCUGAUUAAAACCUUGGUCAUGGGAAUGAAGACUAUUAUUUGGAGCAUCACUCAUGCGCAUUUACCUCGGUCACAGGUUUCAUCUUCUACACAUGGGACCUCUCCUCAAGGGCUUGUUCCACCAUCAUCUAAUUCAUCAGUGCCACAACCAUUUAAAGGAUUGAGAGAGGAAGAGGUAUGGAAAGCCUCUGGUGUUCUGAAGAGUGGUGUGCAUUGCUUGGCCCUGUUUAAGGAAAAGGAUGAGGAGAGGGAAAUGGUCCAUUUAUUUUCUCAGAUUUUGGCUAUUAUGGAACCUCGAGAUCUUAUGGACAUCUUCUCAUUGUGUAUGCCAGAGCUCUUCGAAUGCAUGAUUGGCAGCACUCAGCUAGUCCACAUAUUCUCCACCCUUUUACAAGCCCCUAAAGUCUUCCGGCCAUUCGCAGAUGUCUUGGUUAACUUCCUUGUGAGCAGCAAACUUGAUGUUCUGAAGCAUCCGGAUUCACCUGCAGCAAAACUUGUUUUGCAUCUCUUUCGGUUUUUGUUUGGUGCUGUUGCCAAGGCUCCUUCAGAUUGUGAACGUAUUUUGCAGCCUCAUGUACCUGUAAUAAUGGAAGCUUGCAUGAGAAAUGCAGCUGAAGUUGAGAAGCCUCUUGGUUAUUUGCAGCUUCUGCGUACAAUGUUUCGGGCGCUUGCUGGAGGUAAAUUUGAACUUCUGCUGCGGGAUUUGAUUCCUACGUUGCAACCCUGCCUGAAUAUGCUUUUGGCCAUGCUUGAGGGGCCUACUGGUGAAGAUAUGAGGGACCUUUUGCUGGAGCUUUGCCUAACAUUGCCUGCACGCUUAAGUUCGUUGUUACCACAUCUUCCCCGUCUUAUGAAGCCUCUUGUUUUAUGUCUUAAAGGAAGCGAUGACCUAGUGAGUUUAGGUUUGAGGACGCUCGAGUUUUGGAUAGAUAGCUUAAAUCCUGAUUUCCUUGAACCAAGUAUGGCUAAUGUAAUGUCUGAGGUGAUUUUGGCGUUGUGGUCUCACCUGAGGCCCGCGCCGUAUCCUUGGGGUGGGAAAUCAUUGCAACUUCUCGGCAAGCUGGGUGGUCGUAACAGGCGAUUUCUGAAAGAGCCUCUUGCACUUGAGUGCAAGGAAAACCCAGAGCAUGGGCUUCGUUUGAUUCUUACAUUUGAACCCUCAACCCCAUUUCUGGUGCCUCUGGAUCGUUGUAUAAAUCUUGCUGUUGCAGCUGUCAUGUACAAGAAUGGUGGUGUGGAUGCAUUCUACCAAAAACAAGCUCUGAAAUUCCUUCGCGUAUGCUUAUCAUCUCAGCUUAGUUUUCCGGGCAAUGUAACUGAAGAAGUAUUGACACCUAGGCAAUUGUCAUCUUUUUUAGUUUCCCCAGUGGAUCCAUCUUGGAGAAGGUCUGAGACAUCAGAUAUAAAGGCUGAUUUAGGUGUCAAGACAAAGACCCAACUUAUGGCUGAGAAAUCUGUUUUUAAGAUUCUAUUGAUGACCAUUAUUGCUGCUAGUGCAGAACCUGAUCUAAUUGACCCCAAAGAUGAAUUUGUUGUUAAUAUUUGCCGCCAUUUUGCAAUGAUAUUUCAUGUACAAAAUUCUACGGCCAAUACUUCGAGUUCGACUGCUCCACUUGGGGGUCCUAUGCUAUCAAAUGCAAGUGCUAGUUGCAAGUCAAGAAAUAACACUUCUGAUCUGAAAGAGUUGGACCCCUUGAUCUUUUUGGAUGCCUUAGUGGAUGUUCUGGCAGAUGAAAAUAGACUUCAUGCCAAAGCUGCUCUUAGCGCACUGAACGUGUUUGCUGAAACACUUUUGUUCCUUGCUCGCUCAAAACAUACUGAUGUCCUUAUGUCAAGAGGAGGUCCUGGUACUCCCAUGAUUGUUUCUAGUCCGUCAAUGAGUCCUGUAUAUUCACCACCUCCAAGUGUUCGCGUCCUUGUUUUUGAGCAACUUUUACCUCGUCUUUUGCAUUGUUGCUAUGGGAGUACUUGGCAAGCACAAAUUGGUGGAGUUAUGGGACUUGGGGCUUUGGUUGGGAAGGUUACUGUGGAAACUUUAUGUGUGUUCCAAGUGCGGAUAGUAAGGGGUCUGGUAUAUGUUCUCAAAAGGCUCCCUCUGUAUGCUAGUAAAGAGCAGGAAGAGACGAGUCAGGUGCUUACACAGGUUCUUCGUGUGGUGAAUAAUGUAGAUGAAGCAAACAGUGAAACCCGCAGGCAAAGUUUUCAAGGAGUCGUUGAAUUUCUUGCAUCGGAGUUGUUUAAUGCCAAUUCAUCUAUUAAUGUGAGAAAGAUUGUGCAGUCCUGUUUGGCACUUUUGGCUAGUAGAACAGGCAGUGAAGUGUCUGAGUUGCUUGAACCCUUGUAUCAUCCUUUGCUUCAACCCCUUCUAGUGCGACCCCUCCGCUUAAAGACUGUUGAUCAGCAGGUUGGGACAGUAACUGCUUUGAAUUUCUGCUUGGCCUUGAGGCCUCCUCUUUUGAAGUUGACUCAGGAGCUAGUUAAUUUUUUGCAAGAAGCAUUACAAAUAGCUGAGGCUGAUGAAACUGUGUGGGUUGUGAAGUUUAUGAACCCAAAAGUAGCCACAUCAUUAAAUAAACUCCGCACAGCUUGCAUUGAGCUUCUAUGUACGGCAAUGGCAUGGGCAGAUUUUAAAACACAAAAUCAUUCUGAACUCCGAGCAAAGAUCAUUUCCAUGUUUUUCAAAUCCUUGACAAGCAGGACACCCGAAAUUGUGGCUGUUGCUAAGGAGGGCCUACGACAGGUUAUUUUACAGCAAAGGAUGCCUAAAGAACUUCUGCAGAGCAGCCUGAGACCUAUAUUAGUCAACUUGGCACAUACCAAAAAUCUCAGCAUGCCUCUUUUGCAAGGUCUGGCCCGCCUACUGGAACUUCUAUCGAACUGGUUUAAUGUUACCUUGGGUGGGAAGUUGUUAGAGCAUCUUAAAAAAUGGUUGGAACCUGAAAAACUUGCACAGUGUCAGAAGUCUUGGAAGGCUGGUGAGGAACCGAAAAUAGCUGCUGCUAUUAUUGAGCUUUUCCACUUGCUUCCUCAUGCUGCGGGAAAGUUCCUUGACGAGCUUGUAACCUUGACUAUUGAUUUGGAAGCAGCUCUUCCUCCAGGACAAUAUUAUAGUGAGAUUAAUAGCCCAUAUCGCCUUCCUCUCACUAAAUUUUUAAACCGUUAUCCAGCAGCUGCUGUUGAUUAUUUUCUCGGUCGAUUAUGUCAGCCGAAAUACUUCAGACGGUUUAUGUAUAUAUUACGAUCAGAUGCUGGCCAGCCCUUGAGAGAAGAACUUGCAAAGUCACCAGAGAAGAUACUUGGAAGCGCCUUCCCUGAAUUCCUGCCAAAAUCAGAUGCAUCAACGGUUCAGGGAUCUUUAACUCCACCUACGGCUUUAAUUGGAGAUGACAGCCUUGUUUCUACUCUACCUGAGAGUUCUAAUGCACAGUCUAUAGCCACAAGUGCAACAUCAGAUGCUUAUUUUCAGGGGCUUGCUCUUAUUAAAACUUUGGUUAAACUGAUGCCUGGCUGGUUGCAGAGUAAUCGUGUUGUUUUUGAUACCCUAGUACUUCUGUGGAAAUCACCUGCAAGAAUCACCCGUUUGCAUAAUGAACAGGAACUGAACUUGGUGCAAGUGAAAGAAAGUAAAUGGCUUGUCAAAUGCUUCCUGAAUUACCUACGACAUGAUAAAACUGAAGUCAAUGUUCUGUUUGAUAUCCUCUCCAUCUUCUUGUUCCGAACUCGCAUUGAUUUUACUUUUCUGAAAGAGUUUUAUGUUAUUGAGGUCGCUGAGGGCUAUCCAUCCAAUAUGAAGAAAACACUUCUUUUGCAUUUUUUGAACCUGUUCCAAUCAAAACAGCUAGGCUAUGAUCACUUGGUUAUUGUCAUUCAAAUGCUCAUUCUUCCUAUGUUAGCUCAUGCCUUCCAGAAUAGUCAAAGUUGGGAGGUCGUUGACACUUCUAUCUUAAAAACAAUUGUCGAAAAGAUUCUUGAUCCUCCAGAAGAGGUUUCUGCUGAUUAUGAUGAGCCUUUGAGGAUAGAACUUUUGCAGCUCGCUACUUUGCUUCUUAAAUAUCUUCAAGGUGACCUUGUUCAUCAUAGGAAAGAACUAAUCAAAUUUGGCUGGAAUCAUCUAAAACGUGAAGAUAGUGCCAGCAAGCAGUGGGCAUUUGUCAAUGUUUGCCACUUCCUUGAGGCCUAUCAAGCCCCGGAGAAAAUUAUACUCCAGGUGUUUGUUGCCCUUCUCAGGACUUGCCAGCCUGAGAAUAAAAUGUUGGUUAAGCAAGCCCUUGAUAUAUUAAUGCCAGCACUUCCAAAAAGAUUGCCUCUUGGAGAUUCCCGUAUGCCAAUUUGGAUACGUUACACGAAAAAGAUUCUAGUUGAGGAAGGUCACUCGAUUCCUAAUUUAAUCCACAUAUUCCAGCUCAUUGUCCGCCAUUCAGAUCUCUUCUACAGCUGCAGAGCACAAUUUGUACCUCAGAUGGUAAAUUCUCUUAGUCGCCUGGGAUUGCCGUAUAAUACUACGGCAGAAAACAGGCGUCUAGCAAUUGAACUUGCCGGGUUGGUUGUUGGUUGGGAAAGGCAAAGGCAAAAUGAAAUGAAACUAGUGACUGAUGGUGACAUUGUUAACCAAAAUAUUGCUGGAUUUAGUCAUGGAUCUGUUGCUGUUGAUCCUAAGCGUCCAGUGGAUGGAUCUAUUUUCCCUGAAGAUUCUGGUAAGAGAGUAAAGGUUGAAGCUGGUCUUCAGCCCCUCUGUGUCAUGUCACCUGGUGGUGCCUCUUCGAUUCCUAACAUAGAAACUCCAGGUUCUGCUGGCCAACCUGAUGAAGAAUUUAAGCCAAAUGCAGCAAUGGAGGAAAUGAUCAUCAAUUUUCUCAUAAGAGUUGCAUUGGUCAUAGAACCCAAGGAUAAGGAAGCAAGUCUCAUGUACAAACAAGCUUUAGAGCUCCUAUCGCAAGCUUUGGAGGUGUGGCCAAAUGCUAAUGUCAAAUUCAAUUAUCUAGAGAAGCUGCUGAGCAGCAUUCAGCCAUCUCAAUCGAAGGACCCGUCUACAGCUCUUGCACAAGGUUUGGAUGUUAUGAACAAGGUUCUGGAGAAGCAACCACAUUUGUUCAUUCGAAAUAACAUUAACCAGAUUUCUCAAAUUCUUGAACCCUGUUUCAAGUAUAAAAUGUUAGAUGCUGGAAAGUCAUUGUGUUCCCUGUUGAAGAUGGUCUUUGUUGCUUUUCCUCUUGAAGAAGCAAGUACACCACAAGAUGUGAAGAUAUUGUAUCAAAAGGUCGAGGACCUCAUACAGAAGCACCUUGCCGCUGUCGCUGCUCCCCAAACAUCGGGGGAAGAUAACUCUGCUAACACGAUUAGCUUUGUGUUAUAUGUCAUUAAAACCUUGGCAGAGGUACAGAAGAAUUUUAUCGAUCCUUUUAACUUGGUUCGUGUCCUUCAACGCUUGGCACGAGACAUGGGAUCUACAAGUGGGUCAUAUGCAAGACAAGGUCUGAAAACAGAUCCAGAUGCAGCAGUCACUUCUCGUCAGGGUGCUGAUAGCGGAGCAGUUAUUGCUAAUCUUAAAUCUGUUUUAAAACUUAUCAGUGAAAGAGUCAUGCUUGUUUCAGAAUGCAAACGAUCUGUCACUCAAAUCCUCAAUGCCUUGCUCUCAGAGAAAGGUACUGAUGCUUCUGUGCUUCUAUGCAUACUUGAUGUAAUUAAGGGGUGGAUUGAAGAUGACUUCUGUAAACCUGGAAUGCCUGUUACAUCAAGUACUUUUCUGACUCCGAAGGAAGUAGUUUCUUUCCUUCAGAAGCUUUCACAAGUUGAUAAGCAGAACUUCUCCCCUACUGCCCUGGAAGAGUGGGAUAAGAAAUAUCUUCAACUUCUUUAUGGACUUUGUGCUGAUUCAAACAAAUAUCAUCAACCCAAUCUACGCCAAGAAGUGUUUCAGAAGGUAGAGAGGCAAUUUUUGCUUGGUUUAAGGGCGAAAUAUCCUGAAAUUAGGAUGAAAUUCUUCUCACUUUACCAUGAGUCUCUAGGGAAAACACUUUUCACGAGACUGCAGUACAUUAUCCAAGUCCAAGACUGGGAAGCUUUGAGUGACGUCUUCUGGCUCAAACAAGGCCUGGAUCUUCUUCUUGCCGUAUUAGUUGAGGAUAAACCUAUUACACUUGCUCCAAACUCUGCCAGGGUUCCACCGCUCAUGGUGUCAGGUUCUUUUUCAGAUUCUUCCAUGAUGCAGUCCUUGGUUGCCGAUGUUGCAGAAGGUUCCGAGGAAGCUCCCCUUACAUUUGAUAGCCUUGUAUUAAAGCACGCACAGUUUCUAAAUGAGAUGAGCAGACUUCAGGUGGCUGAUCUUGUUAUUCCACUGAGAGAGCUUGCCCAUACAGAUGCAAAUGUUGCAUAUCAUUUGUGGGUGCUGGUGUUUCCAAUUGUCUGGGUGACUUUACAAAAGGAUGAGCAGGUAGCACUUGCUAAGCCAAUGAUAGCUCUCUUAUCAAAAGAUUAUCACAAGAAGCAGCAGGGAAGUAGACCCAAUGUUGUGCAAGCCCUUUUAGAAGGGCUUCAGUUGAGCCACCCUCAGCCUCGAAUGCCUAGUGAACUCAUCAAAUACAUUGGAAAGACUUACAAUGCAUGGCACAUAGCAUUGGCUCUGUUGGAAAGCCAUGUCAUGUUGUUCGUGAAUGAGACAAAGUGCUCUGAGUCUCUAGCUGAGCUUUACCGUUUGCUCAAUGAAGAUGAUAUGAGGUGUGGGUUAUGGAAGAAACGAUCGAUUACAGCAGAAACUAGGGCUGGGCUUUCACUUGUUCAGCAUGGUUACUGGCAGCGUGCUCAGAGCCUCUUUUACCAAGCCAUGGUUAAGGCAACACAAGGCACUUACAACAAUACGGUACCAAAGGCUGAAAUGUGUCUCUGGGAAGAACAGUGGCUUCAUUGUGCUAGUCAACUCAGUCAGUGGGAUGUGUUGGUUGACUUUGGAAAACUUAUUGAGAACUAUGAAAUAUUACUGGACAGUCUUUGGAAACAGCCGGAUUGGGGAUAUUUGAAAGAGCAUGUAAUUCCGAAGGCUCAAGUAGAAGAAACUCCGAAACUUCGAAUUAUCCAAGCCUACUUUUCCCUUCAUGAAAAAAAUACAAAUGGUGUAGGUGAUGCUGAAAACAUUGUAGGAAAAGGUGUUGAUCUUGCUUUGGAACAGUGGUGGCAAUUGCCUGAAAUGUCCGUUCAUGCCAGAAUUCCUCUCCUGCAGCAAUUUCAACAGCUAGUUGAAGUUCAAGAAUCAGCUAGAAUUAUAGUGGAUAUUGCCAAUGGAAACAAACUUUCAGGAAGUUCUACUGCUGGUGCACAUGGUGGCAUGUAUGCAGAUCUGAAGGAUAUUCUUGAGACCUGGAGACUGAGAACGCCAAAUGAAUGGGACAAUUUGUCAAUAUGGUACGAUUUACUCCAGUGGAGGAAUGAAAUGUAUAAUGCAGUUAUUGAUGCAUUUAAAGAAUUUGUUACCACAAAUUCACAACUUCAUCACCUUGGUUACCGUGAUAAGGCAUGGAAUGUCAACAAGCUAGCUCACAUUGCUCGUAAGCAGGGCCUCUAUGAUGUUUGUGUGUCAAUAUUAGAAAAGAUGUACGGACACUCAACAAUGGAGGUGCAGGAGGCCUUUGUUAAGAUACAAGAACAAGCAAAAGCUUAUCUAGAAAUGAAGGGAGAGCUUACUAGUGGGCUUAAUUUGACCAGCAGCACCAAUCUGGAAUAUUUUCCUCUGAAACAUAAAGCAGAAAUUUUUCGUCUCAAGGGAGACUUCUUAUUGAAACUGAAUGACUGUGAAGGUGCAAACCUUGCGUAUUCAAAUGCCAUUACCCUUUUCAAGAACUUGCCUAAAGGAUGGAUAAGCUGGGGAAACUAUUGUGACAUGGCUUAUAAAGAAACCCAUGAUGAGAUUUGGUUAGAGUAUGCUGUGAGCUGCUUUCUACAAGGUAUUAAAUUUGGCAUUCCUAACUCAAGAAGUCAUCUAGCUCGUGUUCUAUAUCUUCUCAGCUUUGAUACUCCUAACGAACCUGUGGGGAGAGCGUUUGAUAAGUACCUGGACCAAAUACCACACUGGGUUUGGCUUUCUUGGAUUCCACAGCUUUUACUUUCCUUGCAGCGGACAGAAGCUCCUCAUUGCAAACUUGUUCUACUAAAAAUUGCCGCCGUAUAUCCGCAGGCAUUGUAUUACUGGCUGCGCACAUAUUUGCUCGAACGUCGUGAUGUUGCAAAUAAGUCUGAAUUUGGUAGAAUACAAAUGGCUCAGCAAAGAAUGCAGCAAAAUGUCUCUGGUGCUGGUGCAAGUUCAAUUGGCUUGGCUGAUGGGAAUGCAAGAGUGGCAAGUCAUAGUGGGGGUUCUUUAGCUUCUGACAAUCAGGUUCAUCAAGCAAGUCAAUCCGGUGGUGCUGUUGGAUCACAUGAUAGUGGAAACUCCCAGGUUCAAGAGCCUGACAGGCCCACAGCUGUUGAAGGUGGUGUGCAUCCUGGGAAUGAUCAACCCUUGCAACAGAGUUCGUCGGCCAUCAAUGAUGGUGGUCAGAAUGCAUUAAGGCGUAAUGGUGCUUUGGGUUUGGUUGCUUCGGCUGCCAGUGCUUUUGAUGCUGCAAAGGAUAUAAUGGAGGCUCUUCGAAGCAAACAUACUAAUUUGGCUAGCGAACUUGAGAUUCUACUCACAGAAAUUGGCUCAAGGUUCGUCACUCUGCCAGAGGAAAGGCUGCUAGCAGUGGUCAAUGCGCUGCUCCACCGCUGUUACAAGUACCCAACUGCCACUACAGCAGAGGUUCCCCAGUCUCUCAAGAAGGAGCUUUCCGGUGUUUGCAGGGCCUGCUUUUCAGCUGAUGCUGUGAACAAGCAUGCUGACUUUGUUAGGGACUACAAGCAAGAUUUUGAGCGUGAUCUUGAUCCAGAAAGCACAGCUACAUUUCCCACCACCCUUUCUGAGCUAACUGAGCGAUUGAAGCACUGGAAAAAUGUUCUCCAGAGCAAUGUCGAGGACAGGUUUCCAGCUGUUUUGAAGCUUGAAGAUGAAAGCAGGGUGCUGCGCGACUUUCAUGUCGUUGAUGUGGAGGUUCCAGGACAGUAUUUUACUGAUCAGGAAGUUGCACCAGAUCAUACUAUAAAGUUAGACAGGGUUGGAGCUGACAUUCCAAUAGUGCGAAGGCAUGGAAGCAGUUUCCGGCGUUUGACUCUAAUUGGUUCUGAUGGGUCGCAGCGUCAUUUUAUUGUUCAGACGUCUUUGACCCCAAAUGCCAGAAGUGAUGAACGCAUACUUCAGCUUUUCCGUGUGAUGAACCGAAUGUUCGAUAAGCACAAGGAAUCGAGACGCCGCCACAUAUGUAUUCACACGCCUAUUAUCAUCCCCGUCUGGUCUCAGGUCCGCAUGGUAGAAGAUGAUUUGAUGUACAGCACCUUCCUUGAGGUGUAUGAGAAUCACUGUGCAAGGAAUGACAGAGAAGCAGACCUACCCAUUACCUACUUCAAGGAACAAUUAAACCAAGCUAUUUCUGGCCAGAUAUCACCGGAAGCUGUUGUAGACCUGCGCCUCCAAGCUUACAAUGACAUUACAAAAAAUUAUGUGACCGAUAGCAUAUUGUCCCAGUACAUGUACAAGACUCUGCUGAGUGGAAACCAUAUGUGGGCUUUCAAAAAGCAAUUUGCCAUCCACUUGGCCCUUUCAAGUUUCAUGUCGUUCAUGCUACAAAUUGGGGGAAGGUCCCCAAACAAAAUAUUGUUUGCUAAGAACACAGGAAAAAUAUUCCAGACAGAUUUCCAUCCGGCCUAUGAUGCAAAUGGAAUGAUCGAGUUUAAUGAACCAGUGCCUUUCCGCCUGACAAGGAAUUUGCAGGCGUUUUUCUCACAUUUUGGAGUUGAAGGCCUUAUUGUUUCUGCCAUGUGUGCCGCAGCUCAAGCUGUGGUUUCAUCUAAGCAAACUCAGCAUUUAUGGCAUCAUUUAGCUAUGUUUUUCCGUGAUGAGCUCUUAUCUUGGUCUUGGAGAAGACCCCUCGGGAUUUCCAUGGGCCCUGUUGGAGGGGGCAGUUUGAACCCUAUUGAGUUUAAGCAGAAGGUCACUACAAAUGUUGAGCAUGUUAUUAGCCGGAUCAAUGGAAUAGCCCCACAGUACAUCUCUGAGGAGGAGGAGAAUGGUGUGGACCCACCACAAUCCGUGCAGAGGGGUGUAACUGAGUUGGUUGAAGCUGCCCUGACCCCGAGGAACCUUUGCAUGAUGGAUCCAACAUGGCAUCCUUGGUUCUAACCAUUUUUUGCUAUUUAGUCCCCCAAUAGACAGACCCAGGCAGAAUGUUCAGCAGCUGUAACUAUAAUAGCAAAAAAUGGUUUUUAGCAGUUGUAAAUAUAGUAUGUAUAUAUUGCUGCUAACUUUUGACAAUCAUUUUGCGACUCCAAAUGUAAUCUUGACACUCAAUAUGGAAAUUAAUUGCUUGCUUUUUGUGGGUGGCAUAAA